UGGAUGCCUGCUGCGGUCACACAAGCCUAUUUGUGGAAAGGAAUUGCUCUCUGUAGACGCGCCUUCGCGUCAGCAGACAUCUUAAUCUCUCCAAUUCAGAAAAUAUAAUAUUCGGCGAAGUUAUCACUGCGUACAUUGACAGUUUGUUACUAAAUGUACGGGUUAACCCGUGACAACGGAUGUUACGUUGUGUUGUGCUGAUUGUAAAGUCUGGUUUUGGCCUGUACAAAGAAUAUAAGGUUAAGACAUGCUGGAGGCAGAGGGCUUGGCCGCGGGCGCUGACGUUUUGUGUUUAGGUCGAGCCGAGCAGCUAGCUGUCUAGACCUUCAAACUGAGGACCAGAACAGGUAACUGUCGCCGCGGCCUGGGUGCCAUGGUCCUCCGUUACACAUGAGCUCUACUAUGUGGUACAUCAUGCAGAGCAUUCAAAGUAAAUACUCCUUGUCCGAGCGGCUCAUCCGUACCAUCGCAGCCAUUCGCUCAUUCCCACACGACAAUGUGGAGGAUCUCAUUCGUAAGGGAGCUGAUGUGAACCGGAUGCAUGGCACACUUAAGCCCCUCCACUGUGCCUGUAUGGUCGCUGAUGCUGACUGUGUAGAGCUGCUGCUGGAGAAGGGUGCAGAGGUGAAUGCUCUGGAUGGAUAUAACCGAACCGCUCUGCACUAUGCAGCAGAGAAGGACGAGAGCUGCGUGGAGCUGCUGUUGGAGUACGGAGCCCACCCAAACGCCCUAGAUGGCAACAAGGACACCCCGCUUCACUGGGCCGCCUUUAAAGAUAACCCAGAGUGUGUGAGGGCCCUGCUAGAGAGCGGGGCCUGUCCCAAUGCGAGGGACUACAACAGUGACACGCCUUUGAGCUGGGCGGCAAUGAAGGGCAACCUGGAGAGUGUCAAAGUGCUAUUAGACUACGGAGCCCAGGUCCAUGUGACCAACCUGAAGGGCCAGACCCCCAUCUCCCGACUGGUUGCCCUGUUGGCCCGGGGGCUGGGUACUGAACAAGAGGAGGAGUGCUUGGACCUGCUGUGCCGGGCAGCGGGGCGGUUUGAGAUCCGACGGGCUGAUGGCACCCUCCCUAGGGAGCUGAGUAAGGAUCCCCAGCUGCUGGCGAGGCUGACCAACAUGGUGGCUCAGGCUCCCACGCUUCGCUCCCUGGCCCGCUGUGCUGUCCGUCAAAGUCUUGGAGUCCAGUUCCUUCCCACCGCUGUAAAGGAGCUUCCUUUACCUGAGACUAUCAAAGACUAUUUACUGCUGAGAGACUGAGGGGAUUAAACCAAUGGUUGAGCUCUCAGACCACGCUAGCUAAUAAUUUGAGCUUGUUAUACGUCAUUUAUUGGCAAGGAAAUGUCGCUAUGAAAUUAUGGUAUAUUUUCUAACAGCGCCUCAUUUACCUAUCCGGAAAAUGGGUACAGAUUUAUGCCCGUAAGAGAUUUGGCCUUUCCAAAUCUUUUUUUUUUUUUUUCUUAAAUGUAGGGGUUGAACAACGUCAGACUGAGUGGUGCUGAUUGGUAAGCCUGAUCGGUUCCAGUUGUAUGAAGAACACUGCACAAGACAGUGUUCAUUUUUUAAUCAAAAACUGCUUUAGUACGCACAUUUGGGAAGCUCGCCUGUUUCAGUCUUUUCACAGGUCAGUCAGGACAGAAAGAAACUAACAUCGGGGUUGUUGUUGUUUUAAGUGGCUUAUUUUAUUUGGCUAAAUGUACAUUUAAGUGUUUUGUAUGUUACAUUUUAAUGCUUAAAUGUAAUGUUAUUAUGGUUUUGUCACAGCAUGAGGAAAGUCUUAAAUGUAGAGUUUGGUGAUAUGAGUCUAUCCUCAUGGAACAAUUAGAUUUAAGUGUAUAACCAAUUUGCUUAAUGGCAACUAAUGUCUAAUGAUACAGGCUUUUCAAUAAUUCUGUCAGAGAAUGAAUAGAAGUAUAGCUCAGGAUCGAAUGUUGUGUCACUUUGGCAUUACCAAGGAGAAAAGAAAAAACAAAGAUUGUGCCAAAUGGGAACAGUUUAAUUUGGUAUCUUUUAUUUAGGAGCAACAAUGUUUAAUAUUUGUCAUUGGUCUCAUGACAUUUACCAGGCAGACUAAUCUUACCUUCAUCUAGCCCUCUGAACAUUUUCCUGAUGAUAAAUGUCAACAGGACUACUGAUACAUGUGAUUUGCUAUUUAAUUUUAUUUAAGGUCAUCCUUGCCAAGGAGAAAUAAGUGUUCUUAUUUCUCUCCCAACAGAUUUUUUCAGUCUAUAGUGAAGUUUGGGUUUUCUAAGGUGCUUCCAGUUCUAAAAUUGACUGCAUAUGAUUAAACAAUACUUUUAAGUAGAAAUUAAAUGUAAAAACAUGGCAUGGCAAGUUUUUCUCUUGAAAGAUUUGCAAGAUACGCUUGCAAAAUGCGUUUUAUGUUUUCCAUGCCAUUAGUCUGAAGGCUGACCAUUU